CCUGCCAGGCUCCCGCAGCAUGGCCACUCCCAAGCGCUUUCAGACGCUCGUGCAGCUGCAGCAGCGAGAAGGGGAGCUGUUCCAGGUGCUCGGGAACCUCACCAAGCUGCCCAACUGGUUCCACUCCGAGUUCCUCAAGAGUCCGAAGGCAGUUCACCUGGAGGCUUGGCUGGUGGAAGCGAUCUUCGGCCCCGGCGGGGAGCACAUCCCGCACGUCGAGUGUGUCUCCCACACCCUGCUUCAUGUGAACCGAUGGGAACCUGACGGCGAAGCUGAGAUCUUGAUAUGUGGGCGACCUUAUUUUCAGAAGGACGUAUCCAAGCUGAUCAUGAACUUGGCCGACUAUCACCGCCAGCUCCGGGUGCAAAGCUCAGAGAAGGUCCAGGCGCAGGAGGCCGGCACGCAGCGGUCUCCGAUUGAAAUGCGCGAGGCCGGCACGCAGCGGUCUCCAGUCGAGGUGGGCGAGGCUGCCGAGGACCCGGUUACCAGGUUAUGAAGAGCCAAGAGAACCAGGGCUUCAAGCGCAGAUCCCUCAAUAAUUCUACUCUUCUAGGUCCUACAGCUGCUGCCCUAGAAGCUGGGGGCAGAACGCUGCGGGUGUUUGGUUUUUCCCCUCUGUGUUAAUUGCGAGUUUAAGGAGUUCUAAUAAAACGAGUUGCA